AUGGCCCCAUCAACUGCCCUCGAACGCAGAGGCAGCAUCCUCAUCACGGGCGCCAAUGGCGGCCUAGGAAGCGCAUUCGUAGCCAACUUUACCAAAUCGCCCCUGGGCAAACAAUACCGUGGCCUCUACACCGUCCGGAAUCCCUCCUCGGCCACCGAGCUCGGGAAGGUCCUGGGAAGUGCGCCUGCCGAGACCACGUCCGAAGUGUUCAGCCUUGAUCUCGGCAGCUUGGAAAGUGUGCGAAGCCUGGCAGCCGACAUUAAUGCGCGGGUCUCCGAUGGCACCCUCGAGCCAAUUCGGGCUGUGAUCUUAAAUGCUGGCUUUCAGAAUGCUGGGGAUGACGCUUUGGAGCCGACGAGCUUCACGGUGGAGGGGUACGAGAUGGCGUUCGGAGCCAACUACCUCGCGAACUUCGUGCUGGUUCUGGAUAUCUUGCAGUCGAUGGAUAAGGAGCACGGCAGAAUUGUCUUCGUCUCGUCCUGGACGCAUGAUGCCGAUGAUCCGAGAAACAACUCACCAAGUGCCAUCUACCCCGAGGAAUUCAAGACUAUGUUUACAAGUACCGAUGCCCUCGCCAAAGGUAUCACGUACACCGACGCCGGCUGGAAUGCAGGUAUGCGACGUUAUGGCGUUAGUAAGCUCUUAGGAGUGAUGUGGAUGUACGAGCUCCAGCGCAGGCUGAACUUAGAUCCGGCAUUGUCCAACAUCUCAGUACUCUCCCUGGAUCCCGCAGCAAUGGGAGGAACAGGCAUCACGAAGAGGUCCGGAGCACUCAUCCGCUUUAUCACCGCCUACGUCCUCGUGUUCCUUCAGACUAUCCUCGUCUACAUCAUGCCCAAUGGAUCUUACCGCCCACCCUGGAAAUCUGCGCAAGAUUUGAUGCUCGCAUGCUUUGAUGAGGAGCAUCUGGGAAGUCAUCCGAAGGCCGUCUACUUGAACGGAAGCGUGAAGGGGGUUUCUUCUAUUGAAUCGCGUGACGAGGCGAAACAAAAGCAGCUGUGGGAGGAUAGCUUGAAGCUGGCGAUGAUCCGAGAUGGGGAGACGGCGUUGCAGAACUGGCAGUAG